AUGUCCGAAAUUUUGAAACUCCUGAAUCGGUUGACUGACGUCUGGGUUGUUGGCAAGUGUAAGUGUUUCAUGCAGCGAUCAAAAUCCACUACUCAUAUUGACUGCUUUAUUUUGGAACAAUGGGUUCUCGAAGAGCUAAAUGAAUGUGCCAGGCUUAUCAGCUUUGGGUAUGAAUUUCGCACUGGGACUCCCGCCAUGGAAGAUUCGAUAAUUUACGCGGAAAGUCUCGACAGUCUACGAACAGAAGCUCGUGACGAUUUUGCUUAUAGAAAGUCUAGUUCCUAG